AUGCCACUUGUUCUCCGGCUGUGUCUACACACGGUGGGCAGCGAUGGGACCAAAACGCAGGUGUGGCUCUCCUUCUCUGUUCUGCAGACCACAACCCCGCGGGAUAUCAUCGCCCACGCACGGCGGAGUGUUGUUGAACGCAUGGGCGCCGCACUCGAUGUGUCGAUAUCUUAUCAAACAGAACUCGCUCUCUGUGUGCGGGAUGCCGGGGAUCAUUUUCUCUUUCUCGGCACCGCCGCAAUGGAGGCGGCAGCGCAAACACCAAUGAUGAAAAUGUCAUUUGUGCAGGCAUUUUUACGGCAGUUUAAUGAGAGACGAGUGACAUCACCAGAUCCUGCAGAGGCGGUGCGUGAUCUUUUUGUAUUUCUAGAAGGCGCAUUAGUGCCAUUGGAGGAUUUAAAACGUCUUAAUAGAAGAUUCUCUAAAACAGAAGCGAAGGAUUUCACCAUGUAUGAAAUGGUAGAGGUAACACCGGAGUUAAGUAGAGAUCCAGUAACAGCAGAGUCAUCAUCAUGGCGAAAUCGAGGAUUAACGGGUGUGGGAUCAAAAUCUAAACCAUCUAUUGCUUCUGGAUCAGGAAAUGAUUUUAUUAAUCGUCUUAAUGAUUAUACAGCUUUUGCAGAGUUUAAUUCACUUCCGUAUCUUCCUCUUGGUAAUUCUACUGGAAGUUACAAAGCAGGUACGAAUUACCUUCAAGUUGUAUACGUGGAUUUCGACGGGUGUCAAUAUACCACAAAUGUGCCGCUAACUGAAACCCAAUCACUUUCAUCCCUUAUUUCUGCUGCUUGUAAUGGUAUUGGUCCUCAAGUAGGAUGUUCCUUUCAACCAUCUAAUAUGAGAAUAGUAUGCAACUUGAGUAAUGCCACUACACAUACAUUAGAAAGUGAUGCCGCACUGAAUGCAGCAUUAAAAGAUGAUCGUUCUCGGUUCUAUCUAGCAGCAGACACUCGUUUACUGGAAUCACCAUUACGAGUUAACCCAGAAAAUUCAUUAUCUGCACCUAGUUUAAUGCUAAAAGAAACACAUGAUGACGAAAGUGUAUUACGAAAUGAACCAGUUUCUGUUCUUGCUCCUAUUGUACCCGUUGAUUCUGUUACUCCUGCAGUUACAGCUCCUGUUCCUACUUCUACUGCUCCUACUUCUAUUGCUGCUACUGCAGCUGUUGCUUCUAAUAAAGAGACGGCGGAGAUAAAAAACAAUUUACCGUGGACGUUGGCUACUACUACAGUGACUCUCCGUCAACUCGCAAGUCUUCGCCCCACACCGUCCUUCUCUGCACGUGAUCGUCAAUCUAUUCUACGAAAAAGAAAAGGUUUUGGAUCAUCAAGUAUGAGUGAAGAAGAAGAUAAUGCUCGUUUACGUCUAGCUGCCGCACAUUUCCAUUUGGAUGAAGUCUGUCGUCAGUACUUAACAGCUUCACGUGAAUCUGAGAGUGAUGCGGUGUGUAAUGAACUUCGCAAGAGGAAGGCAGUCUUGACAGAGGAAUGGAUAGAGUGUGUGAGUGCUGAACGUGACUGUGAACGACUGGAGUUGUUACUCGCAUGGUUAGAGCGAGAUGUUGCCGAUGGACACACACGACAAGAGAAUCUUAUACGAACUCUCUACGCAGCUCACUGA